GGUUUCGGCUGCUUUGUCCGACCACAAUCCCCAGCUUUGGCCAGCCACGGCAGCCCUGGCACAUCUCCGCCGCCCUCCCUAACCCGUCGAGUCAGGGCCGCGGGGCACCUGUCACGGCGCACCACAUGCUACGUAAGGACGCACCGCGGGAGGGUCACAGGCUGUCGUGACGCCCUGCCAUUCGGCAGCCACCGCAGCGGGAUGCGCGUCCAAGGCAUGGCAUCCCACCAGGGUCCGGCAGCCUGGAGGACCGCAGUGACGGGGCCCCGCGCGAGUCGGGCGGCGAGCGGCGCCGAAAUCAGGAGAGUCGAGUUGAAAAGCGAAAGCUCCCCGCGCAUAGCCCUCGUCCCUCCUCCUCGCCCCUCUGUCCGUAUGAUCCCCCAGUCCGAGACCAGGGGCUUUUUUUGUUGAUCUGCUCAACACAGCACACACAUCACAAUGGGUCAGAACGAGCGCAUCCCCGGCUCAUGGAGCCUUGAAUCCUCCCAGGACGCGGGCGCGCCCUCGGUCAGGCUAGCAUCCGCCGACAAGGAUCUGCCGUUCACCUUCUCCCUCGAGGCCGUCCGGCCCAACGUCUUCCGCACCACAUACACCUCGCCCAGCCACCCGCUGCCACCGCAGCCCUCGGUCACGCGCGCCGAGCCGCAGCUGGGCCAAGCUACCGUCGCUGUCAAGUCGCUGGGCAACAAGCGGCGCAGGAUCGAGGUGGCCGACGCCGUUGUCGAGCUGGACUGGAGCGGCGACACGCCGCUGCUCAACGUGUCGCUGGCCGGCCAGGAAGACAAGGCACCGCUGCUGCAGGACGUGCCCAACCGCGGCUACACGGUCGACGGCGACGGUGUGGCGCACUACACGCGCUACAACCGCAACACGCUGCACGUCGGCCUCGGAGAGAAGGCGGCGCCCAUGGACCUGUCGGGCCGCAGCUUCAAGAUAACGGCCACGGACAGCUUCGGCUACGACGCCUACCGCACCGACCCGCUGUACAAGCACAUCCCGCUGCUCAUCAACGCUACGCCCAGCGGGUGCGUCGCCACCUUCUCGACCAGCCAGUCGCGCGGCGAGUACUCGGUCGGGUGCGAGAUGGACGGCAUGUGGGGCUUCUACAAGGUUUACCGCCAGGACCACGGCGGCCUCGAGCAGUACAUCAUUGUGGGCAAGACACUCCAGGAGGUCGUCACCACGUACGCUGCCGUGCUAGCCGGCUUCCCGCUGUUGGUGCCGCGCUGGGCCAUGGGUUACCUUUCGGGCGGGUACAAGUACUGCAUGCUGGACUCGCCUCCGGCCGGGCAGGCGCUGGUGGAGCUGGCGCUCAAGAUGAAGGAGCACGGCAUCCCGUGCUCGGCCUACCAGAUGUCGAGCGGCUACCACGUCGACAAGGUGCGCCACGUCUUCAACUGGAACCGCCACCGCUUCCCGGACCCGGAGGCCUGGAUCAAGGAGCAGCACCGGCUGGGCGUGCGGCUCAUCGCCAACGUCAAGCCCUACGUCAUCGCCAGCCACCCGGACUACCAGAUGCUCAAGGACGCCGGCGCGCUGUUCACGGACCCGCACACGGGCAAGGGUGCCGUGACCAAGCUGUGGAGCGCCGGCGGCGGCGAAAGCGCCGAUGGUGGCCACAUCGACUUCACGUCCAAGGCCGGCUUCGAGUGGUGGUACAACGGGACAAAGAAGUUGGCCGAGGAGGGCAUCGACUGCAUCUGGAACGACAACAACGAGUACACCAUCACCGACGACGGCUGGAAGUGCGCGCUCAACCUGGACCGACCGGGCCUCACGGCGGCCGAGGGCAGCGGCGGGGCGGUGCCUGAGGCGCUCAAGGCACGGCCCGAUGUCGGGCUCUGGGGCCGGGGCCUGCACACGGAGCUGCACGGCAAGGCAUCGCACGACGCGCUGCUGGCCGUGCGGCCGGACGAACGGCCGUUUGUGCUGACGCGCAGCGCGACGGCGGGCACGAUGCGGUACGCGGCCAGCUCGUGGAGCGGCGACAACACGACGAGCUGGGAGUCGAUGAAGGCUGCCAACGCCAUCUCGCUGACGGCGGGCAUGUCGCUCCUGCAGUGCUACGGGCACGACAUUGGCGGGUUCGAGGGCCCGCAGCCGAGCCCGGAGCUGCUGCUGCGUUGGGUGCAGCUGGGCUGUCACUCGCCGCGAUUCGCCAUCAACUGCUUCAAGACGAGCACCGAGGACAACUCGGUCGGCGACGUCAUCGAGCCGUGGAUGCACCCGUCCAUCACCCACCUGGUGCGCGACGCCAUCAAGCGCCGCUACGCCAUGAUCCCUUACCUGUACUCGCUCGCCCUGCUGAGCCACACCACGGCCGUGCCGCCCCAACGCUGGACCGGCUGGGGCUAUGAGGCCGACCCGGAGGUGUGGACCAGCCGCGUGCUCAAGGACGGCGAGACGCAGUACCUGCUGGGAGACUCGCUGCUGGUGGGCGGCGUUUACGAGCCCGGCGUGCGUCACGCGCGCGUCUACCUGCCCAAGGCGUCGGACGACGACGAGGGCUUCGUCAACACCAAGGCCCCAUACCAGCACAUGGCGGCGGGCCAGUGGGUCGACAUUGACGCCGAGUGGCACGGCGCCGGCAUCCCCGUGCUGGGCAAGGUGGGCAAGGCGCUGCCCGUGGGCCGCGACGUGCAGGUGCUGUCUGCGGGCGAGAAGGAGAACGUGGCGUCGCUGCCGCUCGACGACUACCGCGCCGUCGAGCUGUUCCCGCCGCCGGGCGCCAGCAAGGGCGGGCGCUGGGGCUCGACCACGUGGCUCGAGGACGACGGCGUGUCGGUGCAGCACAAGAACCGCAUCUCGUCGUACACGUUUGAGUACACGGCUACCAAGGGCGAGAUCAAGACCAAGUUCAACCGCGACGAGUCGUCGGGCUUCGUGGCGCCGUGGAAAACUUUGGUGGCGAUCCUGCCGCCAGGCGACGAGCGGAAGGUGGUCAGCGAGGAUGGCAGGACGGUCAAGGCGCUCGGUGUGGACGAGAGGGGGCGCACCAGGUUCGAGCUAAGCUGAGGCGCCCACAGGUAGUAUGGGUGGAUGAAGGAGAAGCCGGUUAGAAGGAGAAAAUAAAACAAGUCACACUGCAUAUUUGA